AUUAUAAAAAGGAGACCCGUGUACAGAUCGAUAUCGAUAUUUCUCGAAGAAAUAUCUCGAAAAUGCGUAAGCGUAAGACAGAAACCGAAGCGACAUCUGUCGAUUAUAUUAGUCGCACAUUGGGCUGGAACAAAUGAACCGGUAAAAACCAUCACAUUUGGCAACGUGUUUGAGUGUUUUUAUCCUAUUAUAAAAAGGAGAUAAUUUAUAAUCGUGAAACAUCAUGACAUCUCCACCUAUUAAAUAUACGACCAACAGAGCCAUUGAUCAUUUCAAUGUUGCAGCUACACUCAUGAAAAUCAUCGGCUACGUCGACUGCAUUGAAGGCCUGAGAGAGUUGCCAAAGUCUCCAUCUAAGUGGAUUUACAAGUGCAUUUUAAAUAACAAUGAUGGCAGAAGGGUUCGCAUACUUUGCUCGGGGGAUGAUGCUCUCAAAUACAAGGAUGAGAUCAAGAUGUAUCAGGGAACCUUGAGGGAAAAAAAAUAUCAACGAAUAAAUAACAUAAAUGCCCAGUUCAGUUUUCUAGAUAAUAAAAAUCACUGGAGGGAUUAUUAAAGCGGCCAAUCCACAGUAUCGGCGAUCAACGGACACUGUGAGCGACAAAGAAUUUCAAUUUGCACGUAGGAGCACUUUCGACAUCUUUGGCACAUUUAACAUUACGAAUGGAGCUGACAAUGGAAGGUCGAAGGUCAUCUCAUAUAAAAAAUUGAGAUGGAGAACGUUUGUGCUGCUCGCGGGCCAGUCCAGAUCACUGGAUGGCUCAAAGAGCCAUUCAGAAGCAUUACCAUGGUAAGUGGUUCGAGUUAUGGAUCUGGCAUGUUUUGUACAAGGGUUCAUCGCAUGACCAUUCAUGUGGUAACAUACAUCCCGAGAGAAGAUUUGAUCGAGGGAAUCAAAAUGACCAUUAAAGGUCGAGUUGAUUGUCGUGGGGAUGGUUUUGUUCUGAAUAUUAACAGCAUGGAUGACAUUGCAGUCCUGACUGAGGAUGUAGCCCUCAAUGAAGAUGAGUUGGAUGAUGCUGUCGAAGCACCUCCUCUCAUUCUCAAACGAGGGGCAGCUGAAUCUGCAUCUGGAGAGGCGAUGGACGUCGCGAAUAAGAAACUGAAAGCUGAAUAGCUUUAAUGACGGGCUAUUUACUCUGGAAGUUCAAUUGCAAAAUUGAAAAUUUUUUCUAUAACAAGUUCUAAACUGUUAUUUUUUCACACAAAAAUUGAGUUCUAUAACAAGUUUAACACUGUUAUUUUUUUACGCAAAAAUUGAAUUCUAUAACAAGUUUAAUACUGUUAUUUUUUUACACAAAAAUGAAACAUUGACAAGCUUGAGCUCUUUAAGAAUCUGAUUUUUUACUUUUAAAGACUGCCAACUUCAUAGCAGUAACGUUAAUACUCAUUUAGCUUUAACAACCAAAACAGAUGGAAUUAUAAUAAUCUAUUCAUGAACAUUAGUAUUUAUUCAGAAUUUAUUUCAAUAUAUGGCCCUGUUUUUGAAGAAAAAGUAUUACUAAACAUUUGUAUUUUUUAUAUAUAACAGAGAAAACUGAAGACUAAUUAAUUUUAUGAUUAAAGUAGAUAAAGCUCUCCGGAAUCACAGAUAAGUGAUACAAAGGAUGUAUUCAUGUUAAUGUUUGUUCAUAGUUCUUAACAUAUGUUGUAAUGUCAAUUAUAAUUGUUGGAACAUUAUUUUUGUUUUCAUUUCAAAAUCCGUCCCACUCCUGUAAAUGUUUAUUGAACGCAAGUGGCAUAGGUUUGGAGUUAAUGGUUUCAUUAAUAAAAAUUUAAAACGCGAUUUUUUUGCAGACAUUCAGUUUGAACCUUCCCUACGGUUGUAAGUCGCAGGUAUACACCUUAGUGCGGCAACAAUGUCUCCUGCACUACUACUCACGAAAAAAAAUUCGCAAGCAGCGAUGUUCUUGGUUAUGUGAAGGGAAUAAAUAAUCUCAAUCGCAUAAUUUGAUGUUCACAAAUAAUUAGAAAAUCUUUAAUUAUUAGAUUAGAUUAUUAUGAGACUAAGAACGCCCUCUUCCUGACUUGACUGAUUGCUGUCGCUAUUAUAGCUAAAUCUCGAAUUUGCGGAAAUGUUCUCGAUUCUGUAUACCGUAUGCUGCCUCGCACUGUAUAGUAUAUGCAAUCUUAGAGCAAUCGAAAUAUAUUAAGAUUUUCCCAAUUGUCUUUUUCCAUGAGUUUUAAUUUUAACUUCGAAGAUAGAAUAAGAGCAUUCAUUUUCUAGAGUUUUCAAUUCUUAUGAUUUGGAAAAGAUGGCGCGUGCGUAGCAC